UCAAGAUGCUGUCACAUUUUCAUAUAAUGUGGAAACGAACAACUUAACCCCAAUUAUAAUUUUCUUCAUAUUAAAAUGGAAGUUUUAUUAAAUUAUUUCCUUUGAUGAGAGACAGACGCAUAUAGCUAUGGUAGUGCAAGGGUUUCCCGGUGCGAAUCUUAUUGGACAGCUCCUAAAACAAAUUACGCUGCCAUUAUCAAGGGCAAUAGUAAAACGUGUGAAGAAACGUCCGUUUUUAAGAAAACAUAUCCUGAUUCAACUGGGACAUUUUUAUUAUUUGUGCGAAGAUAUAAUAAAUCGGCGACAGAUUUCAGUUGUAAGAAUUAAAAAAAGAAACGAUAAUCACACAAUGGAAAUAGGAACAACACUACUACUCGAAGUAUUAAUCUUUGGAUUUUUGGGGAGUGUACUUGUAUAUGAAACACGAAAGGCUGUAGAGAGAUCGCGCGUCGUUGAGCAGCUGAAAAUUCAGGAGUUCAAUGACUUAGAGGCGAAGAAAGAUCGACUGAUACAGCAAGUCGCGGAUCAAGUGAUCUUGACGAAACGACUCAAAGAAAUCAUUGUAGAGUAUUCGAGACAAGUCGGAUGUACGUUACCGAGUGAUCCCGAGGAGAAAGGCGAAUAGAAUGCUCCAUUUGAUGUAAGGGAGCAAACCAACUCGGAGCGAACCAACUACAAAUUCAGGAAGUCCAAACCGGAACUGGCAACGAAGUUUGCAAUCUCUUACACAAAUACAUGCACGAGUAACGUUGUCUGUCUACGUGUAAUUAGUUCGUAUAAGUACAAGAUCGCUGGAGUUAAAACCGAUUCGCGCGGAGGAAUGUUUCCGGCAGGAGUCCGAUUACAAAUGUAGGUACUCUGCACUGGAGAAGCAGAACAUUUUUACGAUCUUCUUCCUUCGUUGUUCUUGACUAAAAAGAAAAGGUCUUUAGCGAAAAAAAAAAAAAAAAGAAAAAAGAAAAAGUAUAUUUAACAUUUCGCCUGAAAACGCCGAUUGUAAGGCGAAGAUUUAUCUCGUGCCUUCGUAUGUCUUAUACAAUCCCAAUGUUUUCAAAGCAAAAAAAAAACAUUUCUUUUAACUCUCUGAAUAAUACAUCUAUAUUUUA